AUGCAUGAGAUCUACUCACAAGCCCAAGAAGUUCUCAUAUAUCUCGGAAAAUCAGAUCCUUCGGUCCAUGGCGCGAUUGGAUCAAUGCGUUGGCUCGACUGGAAGCUUAUGCCUCUCUACGCUCGGCAAUUCCUACUAAGUUCGAAUAUUGGCAUGGCAAGGUUUUUUGUCGAGAGAUGGACAGAUAUGAAGCCUAUGAACCCAGAGGACUUUAAUUGGGAUGCCCUUAUAAACUUGUUGACUCGCCCAUGGUUCCAACGCACUUGGGUUAUUCAAGAAGCGGUUAUACCGCAGCAUGCACAGGUUAUAUGUGGCGACCAGUCCAUCUCCUGGGCAAAGUUUCUUCGAGUUGUGGAUGCCAUCAAGCACUAUCAGUCCUCUGUAAAGACGAUUCCGGGGUACCACUCGAUCUACGAUACCAUUUCCAGUCUGGACUUGAUGCGAACAGCUCGCAGCAACCGACAUCCGAGGAUUUAUAUCCUUGGUCAGUGGUGGUACCGUCCUCUCCUGACUCGGCGCCCAAUGGAAGGUCAAGAAGAUUCUAAGCUACUUGAUCUCAUUUUGAUGAGUCGUAGAUACAAGUGCACAUAUCCUCAUGAUAAGAUCUUCGGUAUGCUUGGCGUCACGGGGGAGGACACGAGUAGCGAGCUCCUGAAACCGGAUUACAACAUCUCACCAAUGGAUGCUUAUCGGAACUUUGUGCUGUGGGAAAUCAAGAAUAAUAGAAGCUUCCGUGUCCUUGGCACGAGCUCACAAAAGACCAGUCGACACCGCUCGUCUCCAUCGUGGGUUCCAGACUUCAACAAACUUGAUCCGAUCGAAAGCUUGACCGGGCCUCUCUUCAGCGGUUCAGGGAUCGACGCGAGUGCGGGGUUGCCGAUGGAGGUACGAGAAUCGAGCGAUGGUACUAUGCUACAUAUUAAGGGAAGCGUAGUAGACACAAUACAUACUGUUGGCAAGAAAUCGUUCACGGACAGAUCCACCAGAAUCAGCAAAUGUCACCAGCAGGACGAGAGACUUUCAGUCUAUGACCAACUUCAAGUGAACAGAGGAAUGAUUGAAGAAGCAAGGGACAUUUGGCUGGAGGCGACGAAAGGAUUAGCUCGAGGCCUUGGACCUGGCCCUGGAGAUCGAAUCUUUGAUACCACGGCAACCAGUGGCAGACCUUUACCUGGCAGGUCCAUCUCUCCAGGGUGGGAGCCAUUUUUACGAGUUCUCUUCGGCGACAUCUCCGUCGGUAGCAAAUAUUCCAUGUUCAUCAAGGAGAUCUCGACGUCCUUUCUUCGCUUGACCCUUGCAGAAGACAAGUUACCGAAGGAAUAUGCGAAGGGAGAAGCAGUCUUUGCCAUCAAGGCACUUGGCUUCUUUGCAGCAAUAGCACAGUCACGACGCUUUGCACGAACACAUAUGGGGCUGGCUGGCUAUGUGCCCAUGAGGGCGAAGAGGGGAGACUUGGUAGUAGUUCUGUAUGGAUCUAAAGUACCUUUUGUGGUCAGGGAGCAGGAGCAUGGUAGAUAUUCCUUGGUUGGGGAGUGCUAUAUGGAUGGGAUCAUGAGUGGUGAGGGAAUCAGGUUUGCAAAGUACGAGAAUAGAGACAUAGAAUUGACAUUAGUGUAG